UCGCUUCCUAAGUUCCGGGAGUUUCGGCUUCCCAGCACGCUGUGGCUGUCAUGACGGCCCGCGGCACUUCGAGCCGCUUUCUGGGCAGCGUCCUACACAACGGACUGGGGCGCUACGUACAGCAGCUGCAACGUCUUAGCCUUAGGGUCAGCCGCGACUCGCCUUCGUCCCGCGGCGCCAGGGAGUUUGUCGAGCAGCACGUGACGGACUUUGCUCGGAGGAACCCGGGGGUCGUGCUGUAUGUGACCGCGAAGAAAUGCCAUGUGCCGCAGGUGGUGGCGGAGUACUUGAACGGCUCUGUACAGGAGGUAUCUCUCGGUAAUAAGACGGUGGACGAGGUGGCUGCGCUGAUCCAGAAGCUCGCAGACCAGUCAGGCUUGGAUGUGAUUCGUAUCCGGAAACCCUACCAUACAUACAACCCGAGUAUUCAGGGGCAGUGGCACCCCUUUACUAACAGGCCCCCCCAGCUGGGCAGAGAAGCCAUUGCCAACAGCCCUCACCAGAAACUGCAAUAAAACAUAUUUAUUCCCUCA